AAAAAAAUGUUGCUGUAAAAAAAUGUUUAAUGCUCACUGCCAACAUGAUCUAUUUGUAUCUACGGUAUAAUCGCUUGAUCAAAAGAAUACAUAGCUUCUUUAUAGGUCUUUUUCACCCCUUCCACACACAUUGCUAAAUUUGCUCUAAUUGAGCUUGUGAGAGUAGAUAAUAUAGAUUUACCAUCAUUGUAAACCAAUGCAUCUCUAUGAAUAAUAAAUCCCUCAUGAAAAAUGUGUACACUGUAUUUGUCUUUGAUAUAGUUUUAUGAUUACCUUGGUGGUAAGUGGUGUUUCACAUAAUGAAAUUAUGGUUGGGUGCAGUUAUGACAUAACAGCCUCACUUCUCUCAGUCAACGGUAAUGACUUCCUAAUGGAAGGUAAUGGAAAAAAGCAAGUGGUCCGUCUGUCUUUCCACUGUGGUACUGUGGUACUGUGGUACGUCCAUUCUGUAGAUGUUAUAAAUUCUCCUGUGUGCUGUCAGCAGAUGUGGUCUACAAACUAUUGUGGUGUCAGAAGCACGGGCUACAGCGAGAUAAUAAAUUUGCGGUAAGAUCAGUUUAUGUAAAUGUUAUUGUAUUGUUGUUAAUCGUUACUUGCUGUAUCCAAGUGUUUGAUACUGUGACUCAGCUUGACAUCCUAUUGACAUAUUGCCAUAAUUGAAUGGAUCAUCCAUGCAUUAUGUAUCACAGAUGUACUUGUGGCUCCUGAUUGGCGAGUAUUGAUUGAUGUGGAGUGUUGCUCACAAUGUGGGUGUGUGCAUGAUGAUGGGAGGUGCUCAAGCUCACGAGUUCACAGUUGCAGAUGCUACCGAUCACACUGUUGGAUAUUGAACCAGUACAGACAGGUAAUCUUAAAAAGAAAACUAUUUGGUAGAAAUAAUUCAGCCAUAUAAGGUUGUUCAUUUUCAACUUCAGUGUAGAGGUGCAUUUCUUGUAUGAUUCUUUAACCUAACAUGUAAAAGUGAGGUUCCAAGAAUGAUUUAUUGCUUUCUUUCUUUAGAGAAGUUAUUGAGGUUAUUAUAUAUAAUACCAUUAUUCAGGAAGUGCUUUGUAUGCGUCUCUCAUGCUGUGUACGCUCUUCCCUUUGCUUUGCAUUAGAUGACAGCUCCUUUAAAGCUCCCUGUGAAUGAUCAGGAGGGUAUCGAGCUUGAGAAAAUAGAGGACCAUGUGUCUGAUGGUAGCAUCCCCAGGCCAGUGAUGGACAAACCACCUAAAAAGAUGACAGGCAAGUUGGCAAGUGAGGUAUGCAGACUGAGCACCAUCUCAGAGCAAGAACCAGACACCAAUCCCAGUUCCCAUGAUCCAAUGGGUGGCAGUGAAGUGGGUGGGUCCAGCUCCUCCUUGUGUUCUGACAAGUUUAAGAACAGCAGCAGUCGUUUUUCUUCUGAAGAUUCAUACGCGCCUGGCAGUGGAGAUGACUGUGCAACACUUCUUCUCGCCUGUCUGCAUUGUCGUUUCCAUGAGUUUAUGGUCCUCCUGCCGGAUACAUGCGAGAGAGCUGUGAGUCGCUGUUUUCCCUCAUUCAAAUAUAUCACAGCAUCCAGUGAGAGAGACCAGCGGGGAAAGGACUGCUGCAACAACCACCUGGAACUGGACUGUAACUGCUGUGGCUCAUGUCAGGACGCAGGAGAACUUAUAGAGCUGGCCAUGGAGAUAUCAGAGGUGUGCUAUCGCUGAUAAAUUCCUCACCACCUUGAAUUCCCUUCAAAAACAAAAUCAAAAACAUGAAUUUUAAACACUUGAAUGCUCAACAAAAAAAAAAUUACUGUCUCAUCUUAUUCACAAAUGUAAUAAAAUGCGUGUAUUACUAAAGUUGUUUUUUUAUAUUAUUCGCAUGUAAAAAAAAUAAUAGGAUCUAUAGCUUGUGUGCCUCAACAUUAUUCAAGCAGAUGACUACUGCCACCUGGUGAAACAGAGUAGAGUUGUUUGUUAUAAUAGAAGACACAAAUAGCUCAUUUUUGUUACAGCCACACUCGCACCACUGUGCAAAGUCAUUCUAACACUCGGUCCUGUCAGAGUGGACCGGUGGACACAAGUGCAGUAUGUCUAGUCAGUGACAUCCUGUAUGUUUCCGGUGUCAGUCCAUAACGAAUGACAGAGUGGGUGAAGCCAUUUAGGGGGCCGGGGAUCUGGAAGCAUGCUUUCAAAUAACAAAUCCAGCAACAAACUGAGAUCAAUCUGGUCCAAGUGAAAGGAACAUGGAUUUAACAAACAGAGCAGUGU